UAUUGAAUCAUCCUCAAGUAAAUAAACUGUGCGUAACAGUGCGCAACGAUGGACAUACAAGUGGCCCCAAGUAACCUUCCACGUCGUUUACUAUGUUUUCGUCUUCGAUUGUAUAUGCAUGUCAUAAAUACAUUCCGGCCCACAGACCUUUAUUCCAUGUUUAGAGAGGACCCGUACCACCACCACCACCACCACCAUCACACAGCCCUCCCACACGCUAUCCAAUCGUUACACGGGAAGAGCGCUGAUGGGGGUCUAGAGGGAAAACAGCGCCAUAUAUAUACGGCCAAACGGUGAUUUCUUGCUCCGAGUCCCCUCCACUUUGUGCUACACUCCUUGUGUUGUCACCCGAACCGGGAAUUGUCUGUGCUUCAGCAACAAAGUAGCUCUACUAUCAGCUGAAAUGGCACCAAAGAAGGAUGUUAAGGCGCCUGCCAAGAAGGCCGAACCUGCACCAGCUGCACCGGCACCGGCACCCGAGCCAGCCCCUGCUCCUAAAGCUGCACCCGCUGUCGACCUGUCCGCCAUCAAGCUGACAUUCACCCAAGACCAGGUUGAAGACUACAAAGAGGCCUUUGGUCUGUUUGACAGGGUCGGUGACAGCAAGGUGGCUUACAACCAGAUCGCCGACCUCAUGCGCGCUCUGGGCCAGAACCCCACCAACAAGGAGGUGAACAAACUCUUGGGCAACCUCUCUGCUGAAGAAAUGGCCCACAAGAGGGUAGCAUUUGAGGGUUUCCUGCCCAUGCUCCAGUUCAUCGUCAAUAGCCCAAACAAGGCAGCAUAUGAGGACUAUGUUGAGGGUCUGCGUGUCUUUGACAAGGAGGGCAACGGCACAGUGAUGGGUACUGAACUCCGUAUUGUCCUGCAAACACUGGGAGAGAAGAUGAGUGAGGCUGAGGUUGAUGUUCUCAUGGCAGGACAGGAGGAUGAGAAUGGCUCUAUCAACUACGAGGCCUUUGUCAAGCACAUCAUGUCUGUGUAAGGACCCUGCCACUGUGGUGGUGAGCAUCGUGUAUAUGCAGACCCCAUGGUGUCGCGACAUCCACUCGCUGUUUCCUGUACUACUUGAGGAAGCAGGGGGAACAAAGGACUAUGAGAUGUCAUUUCCUGAAACCUUUUGUUUUAAACUUUUUUUUCCUCUUAUGUCCAAAUGGUGCUUUUUUUCUCCUCUCCUCCUCCGGCUGUUCAGGAAGCUGUCCCGGCCUCCUACAAGAUGUUCCUUUUCUCAUCUUCACCUAAGCUCCCAUCACAUCGCUGUUUUUUUAUCGCCAUUGGUUUCCACAGUGGAACAGUGAUGGAGGGGAAGGUGGAAUAAUGAUGACCCCCCCCCCAAACUGUCACUUUACUGUCUGUCUGGCUGGUUGUCUAUCUGUCAGUGAAGUGGCUGGGUUGGCCCAGGACUGGCCAUCAAAAUGAAUUCACUCCUCACCCAACUUAUCCCCAAGUCUUAACUUAUUGUAUCCUCUGCAAUUUCACAAUAAACUUUUC